AUGAUGGGUGCAGCGAGAUCGUGCCAAUGGUUGCUCAUAGGAAUAGUCCUCAUCGUAUCCUCGAAUCGUGCCACCAGUCAAACAGAGAUCUCAGGAUCGAGUCUUAGCAAGCCAAAGACGAUCUUCGGUUCCAGUUACAUUGAGCCGCGAAACAACAAUGGGAAUCGCACAGACUUAAUUCUGAAUUCGCCUCGCAGACGUCGAUAUGUUAGAUUUCCAAGUGGCCCAGCCGGCUAUGUUUUCGAGGGUGGUGGACCUCCUAUAGGGAGGAACAUCGGUGUGCCUCCUGGAGUUCGUUUUCCAUCCUGGAGACAGCACAAGUCGCUAUGGAGAAAUCCUAUUUCCGAGUACAACAGACCCGUGAUGGGUCAUCGAACUCCACGAUUGAUCUUUCGUGACAACGACAUCCCACCCCCGGUGGGUGGCAGCGCAUCCUCGUUUUUCCAACAGUCUAACCACUUGCCAGAUUUUGAGGACGAGAUCAGAGAUCAUCGAAAGCAAACCCUCGACGAUUACCCUAGGUUAGAAUCAGAGCCGCGUCAACAAAAAAGACCGCUGUGGAAGGGUGACGAUACGUUGUGCGCUGACGGACGAAGCUGCGAAUUUUUUCUAAUGUGCUGGAUGUCCGCUGGCCUUUUGGACGGCAGUUGCGGUGGCAUCAUGUACGCUUGUUGUCAGCGGAAAGAACCGAAAGGUAGCUCUGAUUAUAACCUGAUUGAGGCACCUAGAGAUCAAUCUCAGCCGCUUCCGUUGGAUACUUACACGGAGACCGCCAACGAUGAUCGCUGCGGGAUUCCCGUCUCGAAGCAAACCGCGCAAAGAAGAAUCGUCGGAGGCGACGACGCAGGAUUCGGCAGUUUUCCAUGGCAGGCGUAUAUACGAAUCGGGUCCAGUCGAUGCGGCGGCACUCUCGUUAAUCGAUUCCACGUCGUCACUGCUGGUCACUGUGUAGCUAAGGCAUCAGCUCGUCAAGUUCAAGUCACUCUAGGUGAUUACGUAGUAAAUUCCGCCAGCGAGACAUUACCAGCUUACACCUUCGGUGUCAGAGAGAUUCGCGUUCAUCCUUACUUCAAGUUCACUCCUCAAGCUGACAGGUUCGACGUGGCUGUUCUACGAUUAGAUCGACCGGUUCAUUACAUGCCUCACAUAGCGCCGAUCUGUUUGCCCGAGAAAAACGAGGACUUUCUAGGACAGUAUGGAUGGGCUGCUGGAUGGGGAGCGUUACAGGCUGGAUCGAGGCUACGUCCCAAGACGCUACAAGCAGUAGACGUACCUGUGAUAGACAAUCGAAUCUGUGAGAGAUGGCAUCGGUCCAACGGGAUUAACGUUGUGAUUUAUGACGAGAUGAUGUGUGCUGGGUACCGUGGAGGUGGCAAGGACUCCUGCCAAGGUGACAGUGGUGGGCCACUGAUGUUGGAGAAAACAGGACGAUGGUACCUAAUAGGUAUCGUUUCAGCGGGUUACUCGUGUGCUCAGCCAGGCCAGCCAGGAAUCUAUCAUCGGGUAGCUAAAACGGUCGACUGGAUAACCUACGUUAUCAAUUCGUAGCGAGACGAAUCAAAAAGGGAUAGAGAUUGUUCUCUGUAAAAACUUUGCAUGAAGCAAAGUUUACGACACGGUAUUGGAUAGGAUCUCUGACGAUUUCGUAACUGGCUGGCAAAUGAUCGAAUGAUAGAUACCGAGGAUCUAGGAACUGUGUAACUGGGAAUUUCGACGAUUCUACGCUCGAGGAAUGUGAAACAUUGUGAUGGGAUAAUGUUUAAAGUCAGGAACAAAGUUGUCCGUCUUCGAGGUGGAAGAACUGUUGCUAUCAUGCAUCGAUUUCUAACAUAUAAUUCUCUAAACGAAACGAGGUGAUGCGUGGAAAUUGUUUUAAUUUGUAAGUCGCGCCCGGUGAACUUCCUUUCGUCGAUUAUCUAAGCCUUCCGAGGCAAAAAGCGUCUAUAUUCUUGACGUACGGUGUGAAA